AGCUCGCCGGCUUCCACUUCGGCCGCUUUACUUGCUGUGUGCGGUUCUCCUCUCCCGCGCGUCCCGCGGCUCCCGAGCAACUUUGCGGCGCGCCUGGAGGCCCGAGGGUGUUACAGCCCCGCGCGGCCCACUCGCGGCUGGCAGGAUGGACUCCAGCACCCCGCCACUGAGCCCCGCAGGCCCGCAGGCCCCACCAGCACCGCAGCCCCAGGCUCGGGCUCGGCUCAACGCCACUGCCUCAGUGGAGCAGGAGAGGAGCGAGGCACCCCGAGCCCGAGGACCCCAGGCUGGGCCUGGCCCAUGUGUCGGAGAACCAGCUGCCCCACCCGAGCCCCGGGUCCCUCGUGCCAGGAGCCGAGAAGGAGUGGACAGAACUGGGUCUGUGAAAGGUGACAUGGAUGUCCCCUUUGAGGAGGUCCUGGAGAAGGCCAAGGCCGGAGACCCCAAGGCCCAGACCGAGAUGGGGAAGCACUACCUGCGGCUGGCAGAUACUGCCGACGAGGAGCUCAACAGCUGCACGGCUGUGGACUGGCUGCUGCUGGCGGCCAAGCAGGGCCGGCGCGAGGCCGUGAAGCUGCUGCGACGGUGCCUGGCUGACAGGAGAGGCAUCACCUCCGAAAACGAGCCGCAGGUGAGGCAGCUCUCCUCCGAGACCGACCUGGAACGCGCUGUGCGCAAGGCUGCCCUAGUCAUGUACUGGAAGCUCAACCCCAAGAAGAAGAAGCAGGUGGCUGUGUCGGAGCUGCUGGAGAACGUCGGGCAGGUCAACGAGCAUGAUGGAGGCGCGCAGCCGGGCCCUGUGCCCAAAUUCCUGCAGAAGCAGCGGCGGAUGCUGGAGCGCCUGGUCAGCAGCGAGUCCAAGAACUAUAUCGCGCUGGACGACUUCGUGGAGAUCACCAAGAAGUACGCCAAGGGCAUCAUCCCUGCCAACCUCUGCCUGCAGGAUGACGAUGACGAGCUGGCCGGGAAGGGCCCCGAGGACCUGCCUCUGCGCCAGAGGGUGGUGAAGUACCCCCUGCACGCCAUCAUGGAGAUCAAGGAGUACCUGAUCGACGUGGCGUCCAAGGCGGGCAUGCACUGGCUAUCCACCAUCGUGCCCACCCACCACAUCAACGCCCUCGUCUUCUUCUUCAUCAUCAGCAACCUCACCAUCGACUUCUUCACCUUCUGCAUCCCACUGGUCGUCUUCUACCUGUCAUUCGUGUCCAUGGUCAUCUGCACCCUCAAGGUCUUCCAGGACAGCAAGGCCUGGGAGAACUUCCGCACCCUCACCGACCUGCUGCUGCGCUUUGAGCCCGACCUGGACGUGGACCAGGCUGAGGUAAACUUCGGCUGGAACCACCUGGAGCCCUACGUGCACUUCCUGCUCUCCGUUGUCUUUGUCAUCUUCUCCUUCCCGCUGGCCAGCAAGGACUGCAUCCCCUGCUCGGAGCUGGCCAUCAUCGCCGCCUUCUUCACCAUCACCAGCUACAUGAGCCUCAGCAGCUCCGCCGAGCCCUACACCAGGAGGGCCCUGGUCACUGAGGUGGCCGCCGGGCUGCUGUCCCUGCUGCCCACCCUGCCACUGGACGGGCAGUACCUGAAGGCGCUCGGACAGACCUUCUUCACCGUGCCUGUGGGCCACUUUGUGGUCCUGAACGCCAGCCUGCCCUGCGUGCUCUACGUCUACCUCCUCUACUUGUUCUUCCGCAUGGCCCAGCUGCGGAACUUCAAGGGCACCUACUGCUACCUGGUGCCCUACCUGGUCUGCUUCAUGUGGUGUGAGCUCACCGUGGUCAUCCUACUUGAGUCCACCGGCCUGGGCCUGGUCCGUGCCUCCAUCGGCUACUUCCUCUUCCUCUUUGCUCUGCCCAUCCUGGUGGCAGGCCUGGCGCUCAUGGGCGUGGUGCAGUUCGCCCGCUGGUUUGUGGCCCUGGACCUCACCAAGAUGCUGGUCACCAUGGCGAUCUGCAGCGUGCCCCUGCUGCUGCGCUGGUGGACCAAGGCCAGCUUCUCCGUGGUGGAGAUGGUCAAGUCGCUGACGCGCAGCUCCAUGGUGAAGCUCAUCCUGGUGUGGCUCUCGGCCAUCGUGCUCUUCUGCUGGUUCUACGUGUACCGCUCAGAGGGCAUGAAAGUCUACAACUCCACGCUGACCUGGCAGCAGUAUGGCCACCUGUGCGGGCCACGGGCCUGGAAAGAGACCAACAUGGCGCGCACCCAGAUCCUGUGCAGCCACCUGGAGGGCCACCGGGUCACCUGGACAGGCCGCUUCAAGUAUGUGCGGGUGACAGAGAUCGACAACAGCGCCGAGUCGGCCAUCAACAUGCUCCCCUUCUUCAUCGGCGACUGGCUGCGCUGCCUCUACGGUGAGGCCUACCCAGCCUGCAACCCCGGCAACACGUCCACGGCCGAGGAGGAGCUGUGCCGCCUCAAGCUGCUGGCCAAGCACCCGUGUCACAUCAAGAGGUUCGACCGCUACAAGUUCGAGAUCACGGUGGGCAUGCCCUUCAGCAACGGCAGCCGCGCCCAUGAGGAGGACGACAUCACCAAGGACAUUGUGCUGCGGGCCAGCAGUGAGUUCAAGGCCGUGCUGCUCAACCUGCGCCACGGCAGCGUCAUCGAGUUCAGCACCAUCCUCGAGGGCCGCCUGGGCAGCAAGUGGCCAGUCUUCGAGCUCAAGGCCAUCAGCUGCCUCAACUGCAUGGCUCAGCUGUCGCCAGCCCAGCGCCACGUGAAGGUCGAGCACGACUGGCGCAGCAGCGUGCACGGGGCCCUCAAAUUCGCCUUCGACUUCUUCUUUUUCCCCUUUCUGUCCGCUGCAUGAGCCCCGCCCCCACCACGGCCACCCGGCUGAGUGUGCUGUGUGCCCCCUUGUGCAGACCAGGGCCUGGGGAACUUUUGCUUGUGUGUAGGCUGCCCGGCCCCUACUGCAGGGGUGGCGGUCACUUUGCUCUGUCCCUUGGAAUUCUGAGCACCCUGGAAGUUGCAUGCAGUCUUCACCCACAACCACCACCUUCCUCAGGAACGCUGGGGUGCCAGGACAGACCAGCAAGACCCUGUCCCCACAAGCACUUUACAGAUGGACUCUCCCUUCCCCUCCCCUACCUCACACACACUGUUGGCCUUUAAUUACCUCUGCAUAGGGUUUGUUUCCUGAAGAACCAGAUGCAUGUUUGUGUAGCCUCA